UCGCUCAGGUAGACUGGACGGACCGCGGAAAGUCUUCUCUCCAGACCUGCAGUCCACCUCGAGUCAUGGCGGUGAACGGCACGGCGCACAUCCUGAGCUCUGCCUACCUGGCAGCAGAGUAUGUAGAUGCGGUGCUGCCAGAAAACCCCUUCCAGCCCUCGCUGAAACACGCCUGGGGCUACAUGCUGGACAACUACACCAAGUUCCAGAUUGCCACCUGGGGGUCGCUCAUUGUCCACGAGUUCAUCUACUUCCUGUUCUGCCUGCCUGGUUUCCUCUUCCAGUUCAUGCCCUUCAUGCAGAAAUACAAGAUCCAGCAGGACAAGCCAGAGACCUGGGAGAAACAGUGGAGAUGUUUCAAGAUGCUGCUCUUUAACCACUUCUGUAUCCAGCUGCCGUUGAUCUGUGGGACUUACUACUUCACCGAAUUCUUCAACAUCCCCUACGACUGGGACUCCAUGCCGCGCUGGCCGUACGUCCUGGCUCAGUGCUUCGGCUGUGCUGUUGUUGAAGACACAUGGCACUACUUCCUCCAUCGCCUGCUGCAUCACCGCAGGAUCUACAAGUACAUCCACAAAGUCCACCAUGAGUUCACCGCUCCGUUCGGCAUGCAGGCAGAAUACGCUCAUCCCGCUGAGACUCUCAUCCUGGGAGCUGGUUUCUUCAUCGGCAUCAUGAUCUUCUGUAACCAUGUCUUCUUCCUGUGGGCCUGGGUGUCCUUCCGCCUGCUGGAGACCAUCGAUGUCCACAGUGGCUACGACAUCCCUUUGAACCCGCUCCACCUGAUCCCGUUCUACGCCGGCACACGUUUCCACGACUUCCACCACAUGAACUUCGUCGGGAAUUACGCCUCCACCUUCACCUGGUGGGACAAGCUGCUGAAGACGGACAGUCAGUACAACAAGUACAUGCAGAAACAGGAUGACAAGAAAGAGCAGUAAACCACUCUGAACCUCCAUUCUCACCUGGUCUGUCAGGAGGAGGGACGAGGCAGCAAGCUGUACACACACACACACACACACACAGAACUGCUUUUCCUCACACACACACUAAAAGUGUGCUUUAAACAAAUCAACGCUGCUGUGGGUUUUAUUCUAAAUCGGACUGCGUGUUGACUUCAGUCCACCUUCUGUGCCUUUCUGCAAAAGAGGUAUUUUUGUCUGCUUCUGUCAACAGCUGCUGGCUAAAUAAAAACCAUCGACAUCCUCAUUUUGAUCUGUUGCUUUGCUUCGUCACUGACUGAGAAAAAAAGUUUGUAACUUUCUUGUGAAAUGCUUCCGUAUACCUCUAAAUGUCUGAGCACUUUAGCGCUUCCUCUUGAGUUAAACUGAGUCAGAGUGACGUUGUGUUUUAGCUGCAGUACAGUGGAAACUGUGCACGGCUGCAUGUUUGAUGAAAAUCCAUGUACAUUUUUUUAAUGAAAAAGGGGACCGGCUCAUAUGGCACUUUUAGGUUUUUAAAGCCUAUUUUGUAACUGUACAAAUAAAUAAAUGCUGUUUUGAUUUCACAAAAAGAAA